AUGGAUUUUCAGUCAAAAAUUUCCAAACCUAUUGAUAGAGUUCAGGUCGAAGGAAAGGUGUUCUUAAAAAUGAUCAAGCACUAUGAAGAAGAAUCUGUAUCUAGCCAAAAUUUUGUCAAUGGUGUAUUGUUAGGGCUUGCACAAGGCAGCCAACUUGAAAUCACGAAUUGCUUCCCAUUACCUAAGACUCAAGAAGAUGACCCAAACGCCAACGAGGCUCUGGUCACUUAUGAAGCUAAUAUGAUACGUAAUUUGAGACAACUACAAACAGAUUACCUCAAUGUAGGAUUUUAUCAAGCUGGUCCUGGAGGCGUCUCUAUUAACCGUGCUAACAUUGAAAACAUUUAUCAACGCCAAAUUAAUCUCCCUGAAUCUGUGUUGCUCACUUAUGACCCAACAAGAACUAGCAGAGGUCAAAUUGGUCUGAAAGCGUAUCGUCUGUCUGACGAUGUUCUUGCUGCAAGAUCCGAAGCGGAAGAUCGUUUUCGUCUGAUGGGCCACAAGGGUCCCGAGGUCCCAUGGGAAUGUGAAGCGGCAAGCAGUGUAGGUCGCAGCAGUUUCACUCGUGUUCUAGAAGAGAUACCGGUUGUGAUUCAUAAUUCACAUCUCGUAAACAUCCUUUUGACUGAAAUCGUUGAUAAUCAAGAACUGUCGCGAUCGGAGCUUUCUACAAAUUCAUCAAUGCUAGAUCUGGCCCCACCGCUUCCAAAAGACCAUCCUGGUCGUUAUUCUACUCUCAAUUUAAGCAUGGCCUCUAGUUUGGAACAACAACUACGUUCUCUUCUUGCGGGUUUAGAAACAGUACAUGAUUACCAGUAUUCAUAUCAACGUAGUCUAUCAAAAUCUCAAACUACGGUAGCUGGCAAGACUGCAACUGAAACACGUAAUCGGGAGUUGGCUCCAAUCCGUCUGGACACUGCGUUGGUUUCAGCUCAGCUUGAUUUCUACUGCAACAGUCUUGCUCAGAUGGCAGGUCAAACAAUAGGCAAAUUGAUGUUAACACAAGCUGUACAAAAAACAAGUUCAUCCGGAGCUCCUAAAUCUCAAAAAAUUUAA